UACCACAUGCGACGACGAGAUUGGCACGCAUCUAUUGAGUACCAUCAGAACCAGCCAGGGCUCGUGGAUCCCGAGCUGGCCCCGCCAUCGCCUCACACAUGGUGCCGAGUGGUUUUCUACCAUCUCGUUUUCCACCGCCUCAUUGUCUCCACCACCAAGACAAACCACGUAGCCCACCAGCUCGUACCCGUCUUCUUUUCCUUGGGUUUGCUGUCAUCGGGAAUACCGCAUAUGCUAGGUAACCUCUAAUCGCCUCCCCCCUGCCCCCCUUCACCAUCUGUUGGCCGUCUUCGCAGCAACUUCAUUCUUCAUCCCAGCUCCUGGUAGUGAGUCCCAGCUAGACAGGUCCUGAAAUAGUAAUGCGCCAUGCAACAACACAUGCAUGCCCCUGGGCCGAUCGUCUCGCAAGGCGGUGCUUUUGCUCCAGAAAUCUAUUGUCUCCAUCCAUGUUUGGGAUGAGUCCACAUCCCAUUGGACAACUCUAAAUAAAACACUCGAAACUGUUACUGGGGCUCCCCGACUCGUGGCCACACAAGUGCCUCUAGCGACCCAUCUAGCAACAUCCCAUGCCCGUUUGCAUUCGUACCAUGGCCAACUACAAGAACUCCACGCCCUCACUUCCUUCUCUUCUUCUUCCAUCGCUUUUUGUACCUUGGCAAAGGGCAAAACUCGUCGCUUGUCCAUUUCUUCGCUCGUUCUCGUGUCCUUGUUGGCACAUCCUCUCGCUUUCCCCAGUUUCCACUUAAUCUCUUGGUGUCGGUGUGCUCACCUCGCCUUUUCCCUCAUUAACUUUCCAUUUCCCGUUGCGUCCCCUCGUGGAGCAACACAUAUAAUAAUAUAACAAGGUUUCCCUCAUCAACACAUCAGAUCUCAUUAUGAGGGCUGCACUCUUGGCGACCGGCGCCUUCGCCAGCCUUGCUGCUGCCAAUAUCAACUUCGAAUGGGUGAAUCCAUCAUGCCAGUUUCCCGAUUCAACACGGUGCCUGACGGGCCAGUCAUGCACUGAAGACAACAUCUGCGAGGCUGAUGUGACAGCUCAUCACAACAUGAUCUCUAGGUCAUUCCUACGAGAUGUGCCUGCGAAGAGGCAGAAUCAGAAAUAUUCCACCGACGGCCAGUGCGGACCAGCUCAUAAUAACUUACUUUGCGACGCCAAUAGCCAAGUUUACGAUGGCACAUGCUGCAGUCAGUACGGAUGGUGUGGAAGCACUCCUGCUCACUGCGGCGACGGCUGUCUUUCGGGUUGCGCGAACAAAGCCGAUGAUACUGCUACUGCUGCCGCUGAUGACGAACCCCCAGCCGUAGCCGCGAGAGAUGAUGGUAGAUGCGGAAAGGACUUUGGAGGUGCCUCUUGUGACGCCAACGGAGCUUAUGGCGGUUGCUGCUCGUCAUAUGGUUACUGCGGGUCCACGGACGGACACUGUCUCGCAACUAACGGUUGCCAGAAUGGCUGCAAAGACAACAACCCCAGUACCUCCGCUCCAGCCUCUGCUUCCAACACGCGACCCCCAUCUACAACAACCUCUGGUGAACCUGUUCUAGGAGCUCCUACCAGUGUUGCAAACAACCCUCCAACCAAUCCAACAGGUGUACCCACUGUCGAUGGAAGCUGUGGUGCGACAUUUGGCAACACCAUCUGUGGCGAUUGGGCUCAAGGAUCAUGCUGCUCCAUGUACGGCUACUGUGGUAACACCACUUCCCACUGCGGUGAGGGAUGUCAAUCUGGACCUUGCGUCAACGCUCCCGCUAUCCCGGCCCCCGCUGCUAGCCCGGCUCCUGUUGCAGUCAAGCCAGGUACUUUAGAAAUGAAGGGUCGAUCUGGUGUACCCGCUAUGCACGCUGGUCUGAUGCCCAACGGCAAAGUUGUCUUCUUGGACAAGGUCGAAAACUACACCGAGCUUAAACUCGCCAACGGCCAAUACGCCUACUCAUCCGAAUACGACCCUGCGACUCAAAAGCUCACCCCGCUCUCUUACAAAACCAAUGCAUUCUGCUCCGGUGGAAUCUUCCUCGCUGAUGGUCGAUUCGCUUCUUUUGGUGGUAACGCCCCCCUCGACUUCAUUGACCCCACGGUCGGUGAUGGAUUCAAGGGCAUCCGCUUCCUGAAGCGCUCCGCUACAGAUGGUUCCCUUGAUGGCCAGGGUUGGGACGAGCCAGGUAGCCAGCUUGAUACUGCUCGCUGGUAUGCUUCUGUUCAGAUUAUGCCAGACAACAAGAUUUUCGUUGCAUCCGGUUCUUUGAAUGGUCUUGAUCCCACCAAACCUGAGAACAACAACCCAACCUACGAGAUCUUGAAUGAAGAUGGUUCGCCCCAGGGAAAGAGCAUCAACAUGGAGAUUUUGAACAAGAACCAGCCUUACUACAUGUACCCCUUCCUUCAUCUUCUCAACGACGGUAAUCUCUUUGUCAUGACCGCUAAGUCUGCUGAGAUCUUCAAUGUUAACGGCGGCACUGUCGUUCGUACUCUGCCCGACCUUCCCGGAAGCUAUCGCACUUACCCUAACACCGGUGGAUCAGUCAUGCUACCUUUGUCAAGCUCCAAUAACUGGGCUCCGGACGUCAUCAUCUGCGGUGGCGGUCCUUACCAGGAUAUCACUGCCCCCGGUGACCCAUCUUGCGGUCGCAUGAAGCCCCUCGAUGUCAACCCUUCCUGGGAAAUGGACUCGAUGCCCGAAGGCCGUGGAAUGGUAGAGGGUACAUUGCUUCCUGAUGGUACUGUUAUCUGGGUCAACGGCGCACAAGAAGGUGCACAAGGCUUUGGAGUCGCCCGCGAUCCUGCCCUUGAGGUUCUCAUCUAUGAACCGGAACAGCCUCUCGGCAAGCGCUGGAGCACUGGCCCCAAAUCGGAAAUCGCACGCCUCUACCACAGUGUUGCUCUUCUCUUGUUGGACGGCACUCUGUUGAUCUCCGGUUCUAACCCCGUUGAGCAGCCUAUCCUCGAACCCAACGCGGAGAACCCAUUCGUCACUGAGUUCCGCAAUGAGAUCUACACCCCACCUUACCUCCAAGGCAACCCUACCCGCCCGUCCGAUGUUGAGCUAUCUAGCAAAGACCUCAAAGCCGAUGGUUCCAAAUUCACGAUCAAAUUCAACAACCCUGCCAACUCCAAGGCAGUCAAGGUCUCCCUGUACUACGGCGGCUUCGUCACUCACUCCGUUCAUAUGGGCCAUCGCAUGGCUUUCCUCGACACUGAGGGAUUCGACGCUUCACGUACUAGCCAGACCAUCACCGUCACCAUGCCUCCCAACCGAAACAUUGCACCUGCCGGUCCUUAUGUCGUCUACGUCGUGGUAGAUGGCGUACCAGCCAUGGGCCAGUUUGUGCAUGUUUCGUAA